CUCCUCAUGGAGGGCGCCCCGGGGGCCCCCAACGCCAGCGCCCUGGGGGAGCGCUCGCUGCUGGCGGGGAACUGGGUGGCCUCUUUCCUCUCCUUCAUCAUCCUCCUGACGGCGGCGGGGAACUUCCUCCUCAUCCUCCUCAUCCUCACCCAGCGCUCCCUCCGCAACACCUCCAACUACUUCCUGGUGUCCCUCUUCAUGUCCGACCUGAUGGUGGGGCUGGUGGUCAUGCCCCCGGCCAUGCUCAACCAGCUCUACGGCCGCUGGGUGCUGCAGGGGGACUUCUGCUCCCUCUGGUCCUCCUUCGACGUCAUGUGCUGCAGCGCCUCCAUCCUCAACCUCUGCGUCAUCAGCCUGGACCGCUACCUGCUCAUCAUCUCCCCCCUCAAAUACAAGCUGCGCAUGACCUCCUGCAGAGCCCUGGGGCUCAUCCUGGCCGCCUGGACCUUGGCCGCCCUGGCCUCCUUCCUGCCCAUCAAGAUGGGUUGGCACGAGCUGGAGUUUGAGGUCGCCUCCCCGAACGUCACCUCCCGGGGGGAGGAGGACCAGUGCAGGCUGCUGGUCAGCUUGCCCUACGCCCUGGUGGCCUCCUGCCUCACCUUCUUCCUCCCGUCCGCCGCCAUCUCCUUCACCUACUGCCGCAUCCUCCUGGCCGCCCGCAAGCAGGCCGUGCAGGUGGCUUCUCUCACCUCCAGCGUGGCCACCACCACCGCCCACGAGACCACGCCGCAGGGUCCCCACGCCCCGAGCCAGCCCGCGGCCGGCAGCCAGGGCAGGAGGUUCGCCAACAAGCACAGCAAGAAGGCACUGAAGGCCAGCCUGACGCUGGGCAUCCUCCUGGGCAUGUUCUUCGUGGCCUGGCUCCCCUUCUUCAUCACCAACAUGACGCAGGUAGCGGCGCCUGGGGGUUUUCUGUUGGGUUCUUAA